AUGCAUAGGCGCGCUAGCGCGAGCCCUAAUUUUCCCGUUGGCGACAACGACGACAACGAGGGCAUUUUCUCGCUCAAGAAAAGCCAGUACCAGCAAGAUUCAGAAAACGCCGAAGCAACUCUGCACCGUUGCAUCAUGUACUCUCCGUACUCGUCGCCACGCGGAUCCCGAUACGCGAGCACAUCGCGCCCUUUCAGCGCGUCUGUGUCACCCGUGCACACGCCUUCCCGCCGGUUCAUGUCUCCGAGGAUGAAGCUGAUGCCAGGCAGCGCAACCACCUACCGCCUGCCAAGCUCGGCGUAUUCGCCACCUCCGACCUACUCGAGAUCCGGGAUGCAGCCGGUGACGGCGUCCUCCAGCGCGUCUCCAACUGGAUCGCUCCGGUCGCUGACCAUGGUGGCACGACCGAGGGACAGCGCUGUGGAUCAACUUCAGUUGUCCCGGUCCUGGUCACGCUCCCCCUCCCGAUCCCGUUCCAGAUCCGCGUCCAUGUCCUUGUCGCCGUCGCGGCAUUCCCGUUCGAGGAUACCGUGGCUCAGCCCGCGCCGAAGCAGCAGCGUCCGCAGCUCGUCCAGCCGAAGGUCGCAGACCAUGGACACGGAAGUGAAGACGUCAGCGCCAAUCAUUGAGCUUCCACCUGGGUUGGACAGGAAGACGGCCGGCUACUGGGUGAUGGCACUGGCCAUUUUCUGCCUGGCGUCGUCCUGCGCUCUCGUCGCCACGCUGCUCAACCGCACCGCGGCGAGCCAGGACAGCUUCGGCGAAGAGAGGUACCUGGCCAGGAAGGAACCUUCCCUGCAACUGCACGAACGAACACGGGGUCUCGAGGACUUGAGUGUUGAAGUGCACUUCGCCCGACGGAAAACACCCAAAGCAGUUACGCUCAGGACGCCGCCUUUCUUCUUCAUCACCACUAGGCCUCGAAGAGGCGGCACCCCUGCGCUCUUCCCGAGGACGGUGCCGGCCUUCCCGGAGGAGUAUCCCGCGGGGGAGGAGACCCUCGCAGAGUAUCCAGCGACGGUGCCGGAGCGCCCGGGUGACUACGAAACGCCUCCGUAUGAUAUGCUGCCCGUAGAGACGGAGGCACCAUAUGUUAGACCAGCAACUGUGGAACCCCAUGUCGACAUAGACAAUUCCACUGGUAGCCAAGGUGAUGCGCAAGGGAAUGUCACGGAAAGUGCUGGCGAGACCAGCGAUACUAAAGCAAGUGAAAAAGAGAAUGAAGGCCCGCAAUCGCCAGAAACCAUCGAAACUGCCACGAAUGUAGUCGUCGAGUCAUCUCCAUCGGCUGAAGUGACCACUGAAGUGGCCAGCUCCGAAGGUAUCACUGAGGCCAGCAGGAAGGAAGUGGAGCCUUCGACGUCAGCGGAAAGCGCUUCGGCUGGUGAGACGGAAGCUGAGUCUUCGACAUCAGCUGAAGCCACUUCGGCUUCUGAGACAGAUGCUGAGCCGUCCACAGAAAAAGCCACAGAAAAAUCAGAUGACAGGCAUUUGAACGAGUAUGACGACGACAAUUUUAACAUGCUUCAAAAAGUGCGACGAGCGCCAUGAAUAUGGCUCACCAUACCUGGAUGGCCUAAGGUCGCUUUUGAGGCAGUGCGCGCGCAAGCGUGUGUCGACCGCAGCCUGGCUCUGUGAAACGCACUUGAUGUCCUCGGCUCAAACGUGGCCUCUUCAAAGGGUACUGCGAUUUUUUUUCAGUAAAUGAACCUUCCGUGGUGCCUGGCUUUUGUCUCCGUUCGCACGCUUUGGAUCUUUUCGUGAUUAAUAAAAAGGACAGCAACGACG